GACAAAGAAGACGGACCUGUGUACAAGUUCUACCAGGCGAUUCGUGACUACGGGGAUGAUUUCAUGGACAUCAUUACCCGGUUGCAAGACAUAACUCUAUUUGCGCCAAGUAACGCCGCAUGGGAUGAAGAGGGCGUGAAACAUAUCCUCCAGGACAAAAAGCGGUUCAAAGAAAUACUAAAUUUGCACUACGUGCGCGAAAAGCUUCCUCUUGACAAAAUCAAACAGAAGAGCUUGAAUCAGAUGCCACUCGAUGGAAAGGGAUUUUAUGGGGUACCGACAGCAGCAUCAUGGAAAAGUUUGUACUUUAAUGUAGUCGAAGGUUCAAAUGGCAGCCAAAUGGUAACAGUCGAAGGCGGGGGUGUCAACGCAACAGUAAUUACGGCUAACAUUGCAGCGACCAAUGGAAUUAUUCAUAUUAUCGAUCGAGUACUCGGGAUUCCUUACACAACUGUAUUAGAUAAACUACGAACUGAUCCAAUGCUCAAGUAA